CUGAAUGUUUUAAAAGUCUACUCGAUGUGCUGCCAAGUAGCAGGUACAGAAGGGAAACAUCAUGGGAAGAAAGACUAUUUUGUUUCUGAUUGUGGGGGUCCUUGGGGCAUAUUAUUUUUAUACACCUCUCCCGGAUAAUAUUGAAGAGCCCUGGAAACUAGUGUUAUUUGCCACAUAUAUAAAUGCUGUAACAGAUUUGGCUCUGUUUGUUGAACUAUUGGGAAUCAGUCAUUUCAUAAACACUGUAAAUUUCUUAAUGACCUUUCAAGAAGUCCCACCCACAUCUGAUGAAAAUGUCAUCGUGAUGGAGACAACUUUCAACAGUGUUCCUGUCCGUACAUAUGUACCAAAACGAAAGUCACAGACAUUAAGAAGGGGGUUAUUUUAUAUUCAUGGUGGAGGUUGGUGUUUGGGGAGUGCUGCUUGGUUUGAUACUGACUUUUUGUCAAGACGGACCGCUGAAAGACUUGAUGCCAUUGUCAUUUCAACCAACUACAGACUAGCACCUAAACAUCAUUUUCCAAAUCAAUUUGAAGAUGUAUAUAAUGCACUGAAGUGGUUCUUACACCAAGAUGUUCUUGACAAAUAUGGUGUAGAUCCUGAAAGAAUUGGUAUUUUGGGAGACAGUGCUGGAGGGAAUUUAGCUGCAGCAGUGACUCAACAGCUCAUAGAUGACCCAGAUGUCAAGAUUAAACUCAAGACCCAGUCUUUAAUUUAUCCUGCCCUUCAGAUUCUUGAUGUGGAUUUACCAUCAUAUCGGGAAAAUUCACAUUUUCCAGUUCUGUCCAAAUCACUCAUGGUCAGGUUCUGGAGUGAAUACUUUACUACAGACAGAUCACUUGAAAAUGCCAUGUUCUUCAAUCAACAUGUACCGGUGGAAUCAAGCCAUCUAUUCAAAUUUGUUAAUUGGAGUUCUUUGCUCCCUGAGAAGUUUAAGAAAGGGCAUUUUUAUAACAGUCCAACUUAUGGGAGUUCUGAGCUGGCUAAAAAAUAUCCAGGGUUCCUAGACGUGAGGGCAGCCCCCUUGCUGGCUGAUGACAGCAAGUUACAUAAAUUGCCCCUGACCUAUGUCCUCACCUGUCAGUAUGAUGUCUUAAGAGAUGAUGGAAUCAUGUAUGUCACCCGACUUCAGAAAGCUGGGGUUAGGGUUACCCAUGACCACAUUGAGGAUGGAUUCCAUGGGGCAGUUUCCAUUCAAGGAUUUAAAAUCAGAUAUAGACUAGAAAAUCAACAUGUGAGUUGGCUAAGUCAAAAUUUAUAGUAAAAAUCUCAGCAGUGGUUCAUAAAAGUAUAUGAGCUUCAGAAUAGGAAACAAAUUAGUGAGAAUCAAAGGGUUGUGUUUGAAUGCAUGUUUCUCAUCUGUGACCUAAGUUCCUCAUAGCCAUUGUUUUUUGUUUGAAACUCAACAUUCGUCUUUAUUCCUUAUUCUAAGUGUUGUUCUAACUUCUGUACCUUAGAGAAUACCUAUUUUCUAUUUUUUUCUUGCUGCUGUUGCUCAUUUCCUAUAG